AGAUAGAGCUCGAAGAAAUUCGAGACGACGAAGAAACUACCGCGCCGGUUCUGGAACAUGAGCUAGAGGAACAAACUGUUGUACCUCAAAAUGCUCAAGAUACACAAGAACCCCGUAGGUCUAACCGGUUACGCACACAACCUGAAAGGUAUGGAUUCCUCCUAACCUUUGAGGGUGACGUAAUGCUUAUCGACCAGGAUGAGCCGGAGACCUACCUCGAGGCAAUCAGUUGUCCCGAGGCUGAGGAAUGGCGUCAAGCCAUGCAGUCCGAAAUGGAUUCCAUGUACACCAACCAAGCACUUGGCAUAAGGAUCUAUAGGGAUAGAUCACGGAAGCUGUUAGGUCUCAGUCAAAGUACAUACAUAGACAAGGUCCUCGCUAGAUUCAGCAUGUCUGAGUCGAAACGAGGAAGUUUGCCUAUGGCCCAAGGCACGAGUCUUUCCAAGACUCAGGGUGCUUCUACUCCGGAGGAAGUAGAACGCAUGAGAAAUGUUCCUUAUGCGUCGGCCAUUGGAUCCAUCAUGUAUGCGAUGGUAUGUACGAGACCUGAUGUCGCCUUUGCUCUAAGUGUCACGAGUAGAUACCAAUCCAACCCUGGCGAAAGCCACUGGACGGCUUUGAAGAACAUACUUAAAUACUUCCGUAGGACUAAGGAUGCCUUCCUGGUAUAUGGCGGAAAAGAAGAGCUCAGUAUUGUUGGAUAUACUGAUGCCAGCUUCGAAACUGAUAGAGAUGACUUUAAGUCGCAGGCAGGCGCCCCAACAAUGGCCGGUGGAAAGUCCAAGUCGAAGGCCUCCAAGAAGAAGGGCAACGAUGAAGCUACGACCUCUGCGCCCCAGCCAUUUUCCUAUCUAGAAGGCUCAUUUCUUGAGUUCGGGUCGGAGGAAGAACUCACGCGCUUCCUCAAUCACUUUGCCAAAUGCCUGAUCUCUCCGCCUCGCGUGCUACCGGAGCUAUAUCCCCAAGACAAAGGGUACCACAACCUCGACAAUCAACUCAAAGAGUCGGGGCUGCCCAUCCGCGGUGACGACAUCACAACGUACGAUGGCGAUGAUUGGAUCCUCAACAACGAGGCAGUCGUCAUUCGCGAUCUUUGGAUCACCAACUUGAUCCGCCACAGCGGCGCGCCGACGAUCCACUCGGCUCCACCGGAGAAGCGUCUCCUUCUCUACCUCAUAACCCGGAUUCUUCGCCCCCGGGACAGCAGCCACACCUCGCUCUUCAACGAGGACUUGAAGGCGAUUCACGCCAUCAUCUUGCCAUACGCCUUCCUCGUCAUGGACCUCAUCGUCUCCGCCGACAUCCACAUCGCCGGGCCAAGCUCGAAGAUGACGAAGUUGUGGGUCAUCGCCGACACCACUUUCAAGAAAAAGUCCGGAGACCAAGACGGCAUCGUACCAAGUCGUGCCAAUGCCCCUGCUCGUGCCCCUGCCCCCGCUCUCACCCGGGCCUCGUUGCAGUCCAUAGCCGACACACUGAAUCGGCUAACACUCACGAUGGACGACAUGGGGCAGUACAUGGAGCGGAUGGAUUGGACGUUGCAACGCCAACACCACGACAUGACGGCGUUCUUCCGCGGCAUCAACUACGUCCCGCCGCCCUUUGACAGCACCAUCCUCGGCCAAAACUUUGAGGGCGAGGAUGAGGACGAUGACUCCUACGCUCCGUCCUCCUCUCCCGACGAGGCUGACUUUGAGGAUGCAGUCGACGGCGAUCCCAUGGAUGUCGAGGACGACGAGGAUGACGACGGGGAUGAGGACGCUGAUGCCUAGACUCUUCCCUUCUUUCCUUUUUUUAAUAUGAUUGUAUUUUUUUAAUUUCUAUUCCGUUGUAUUCCGCAUUUCCCUUCUCUUUAAUGAAUAAAAGUUUACUUU